AUGCUCUGGGACGUCCUUUCGGCGGGAAAUCAAUCUCAAUCUCUGAACUAUGAAGUCUGGCUGAGCUGUAGGUUUCAGAAGGUUCCAUGUGCCAUGCCGAUCAUCCAUAAACUACUGGAGAAGAGCUCGGAUGCCGAGCUGGAGAAGGUCAGGGAGUCCACCGUCACGAGCUUUACCACCAUCGGUGUGGUGGCGGCACUGAUCCUGACCAUGGAGAAGACAGGGAAGACGGUUGAGCAGGAUGCAUCCAAGUGGAUCGACUGUAGCCGGGUGCCCUGCAACGAGAUCCAUGUGACACUUAGCUGGCUCUCCCUUAUCGGCUGCGCCCAUGCCGUGAUGUACACGACGUGUGUUCUGGUGUGGAUGGCUGUGGUGCCAGAAGCAGCCACCAGAGAUUUCUUCCAAACAUUUCCGAAUGUCAUGGUGCGUGCCACUCAGUCGAUGAUGAUGGGCUCGAUCUGUUGGGCCUUUGAUGCCCUGUGGCUUACCAUCAUAAAGCAUGGCUCAUUGCUCAUGUUGUUCCUCGCCGUCCCUGGCUUCGUCCUCUUCUUCCACUUGAUGUGGUCCUUUGUGCAGAUGAGAGAGUUUGCCUGGCACUGGCCCAAAGCUGGCUAUCGCCCGCUGGAGACGGAGCCCUCGGCAGAUGAUGCAAGGACUGGGAGUCUGGUGCAAUGA